GUGUUGUAUAAUUCCAUAGACUCUCAGGAUGAAGCACCUCUGUGUCCCCCGGGGUGUAAUUAUCUCUACGAGACCUUCUCUGCAUUCCCUUCUUCUAACAAGUAGCGUUCCCCAUCUCCGCAUUAGGACUUUUUGUGCUUCUGCAUCUAAACCUCCCGACACCAACCUCCCUGUGGAGGAUCGGGGAGUGAGACCCUUGCAGCGAUGGAAGGACGCGGGGAACAUGAUGGGCAGAAACACCAUGCAGGCGGUUUCCACCACGGCCAAAAACUGGUGGGACCGAUAUGAAGAGUUUGUGGGAGUUGUGGAAGUUCGGGAAGCUCAGGGAAAAGUAGCACAGGCAGAGAAAGACUUCAUGGUGGCCCGUGGGAUAGUGCGAGAGGCCCGCGAGAGUGUGGAAGGCCAGCAGGUUAAGCUGAAGGAAGUACGGGAUCGGCUGGACCGAGUGUCUCGGGAUGAUGUGCAGUACUUGGAGCUGGCCACUCUGGAGCAUAAACUACUACAGGAAGAAAAAAGGCUGAGAGCAUCGUACAUACACGCAGAGGAGAGCGAGAGAGAGAAGUUUGCCCUUUUUUCCGCCUCCGUCAGGGAGAGUCACGAGAAAGAGAGGACCAGAGCUGAAAGGACUAAGAACUGGUCGAUAAUCGGAUCGGUUCUAGGGGCGAUCAUCGGGGUGAUGGGAUCUACCUACAUCAAUCGUGUCAGACUGCAAGAACUGAAGACUCUGCUUCUAGAAGCUCAGAAAGGACCAAUCAGCUUACAGGAAGCCAUACAGGAGCACGCCUCUGUGCAUAAGAACCAGCAGAGGGACCUGGGCGAGCUCAUUUUAGCGUUAGGAAAUGUGGUACCGACUGUGCUGCCUUCGGGCCAAGAAACACAGAGAGGAGGGUCUGCGAUUCCAGUAAACUCCUCGGGCUCAGCGGAUCAGGCAUUAAAGGCAAUUAAAGAACACACGACCUACACUAAGGAAACUGGGAAACACUUCGAACAUUUACAGCAGCAGUACAGCAACCUAGAAAAGAGUAUUAACAAAAUAGCAACAGAUGUGCAAAACGUCAAGUCGGCGGUUUCCACGCGGACUGCGGCGCUGCCAGUUACCGCUUACGUUCCGAGGGGUGGAGGGGAAGAGGCACCCCUGCAAAAUGUCAUUUUUGAGUUGGCUGAUGCAGAGGAGAGACUGGGAACAAAGAUAAACAGGAAUUCCAUAUACAGCACUGCGCUGACGUGUACUGUGAUGGCAUUAACCCUUCCUGUCAUGUAUGUCCUUCUUAAAGGGAACUAGAAAUAAAAUUGUGCUUCAAAUCUUUAUUUU